ACGACGUUUGAUCUUAGCCUGAUUUUUUCAAGAGCUCGUAAUUUGAUCUUUUUGAAAAACUCACCAGAAAAGCUGCAUCUUGAAUUUUUAUUGAUCGCCCCUUUGAACUCCAGUUCCCGUGUGGUGUUACGUCUGUAAUAGCAUGGCUUUUUUUUUUAAUAUAACACUGCUGUGUAUAUAGUAUACACUCAAAUGAAUUACUUUAGGACAGCGGUGUGCCCAUAGCCUGCAGCAUUAAUGGCUGGAUCUGACUGCCUUGCCACUAUUGGUUUGGUUUCAUUUUCAUUAUUGAAAAAUCUUAUUAUAAAAAAAAAAAAAAAUGACAAAAAAUUAAUUUUACUUUACCUAUUAUUUAUUGAAUGAUGGAUUGAAUUCCUUAGUGAUUAACGUUGAUUUGGCUCGCUACUGAAAAGCACAUCUAAAUUACAUUGAGGUUAAGCGGCAGUUAAAGUGUCCCUUGCAUCAAAUUCCUGUAGCUUGUGUUUUAAAUAUUUACUUAUCCGAAGAUGAAGAAUAGGUAAAGAGUUUUCAUAUGAUAUGACUCGUCACACAGAGAGUAUAAACAGCGCGCGCAAAGAGUAUAGAGCAGAAACAUCUCCAUAUUUGUUCAAUCGUCCCUUGAACUUGACAGCAUUCAAGGCCUUAGAUGUUGGCAGGUGUUAUUGAUAAUGCUCGUUUGAAUAAAUUAGAAGCUAUAAGGAAGCUCAUGAUUGAUAUCCAACAAGUCAUAUAUUAGUGUCGCAUAUUAACGCGCGAUAAGUCAUUAGAAGCCAUCUCGUUCUCUGUUAGUAGAUCUUAAGAAAAUCAGGACGAUCGAUGAUAGCUUCGAUGAGGAAAUACCGUUAUUCAUUUUUUAUAUAAUUUAAACUUACUACUUAGUUUGUGAUUAGAUUAGAUUAGAUUGGUGUAGGCGGUGUUUACGUCAACAUAGUUGAUUUCAUCAGUUGGUUACUAUUGUCGGUCCAGUAUUAAUUAGUGGUUAUCACAAAAAGUACUUCAAUUGGCCAACUGUCAAUUAGAAACUGCAACUAGCAGGUUUCAAAGAAGCUGUUCCCCAUACGACCUUCAUUACCGCACGAGCACAAAGUUGCUUUAGAAAUAAUUGUCUUUAGCAUCAAAUCAUGAUUAUAAGGUUAUAAGAAAAGCUUGUUUGUACAAGAAGCCUAUGAGGGCCAUCAAGGAGCACUUUUAAAUGCCCCAUACAUCUAUUUUACAUCAAGAUCUUAUCGCUUCAUCGAUAAGCCAGCUUUCUCCGCUUGCCAAGAAUUCAUGAGAGAGUUUGUUAAAGAGUUAUUUGCUUCGCUUGCUAAGAGUUCGUGAGAGAGUUCGUUAAAGAGUUAUUUGCUUCGCUCGCCAAGAGUUCAGGAUAGAGUUUGUUAAAAAGAGUUAUUUGCUUCGCUCGUCAAGAGUUCAUGAGAGUUCGUUGAAUAGUCAUUAUCUUCGAUCGCCGAGAGUUCGCUAAAGAGUCCAUUCGCUUCGCUCGCCGGAGUUCGCGCCCAUACUAACCUUAAAAGAUCGACUUUUCAAGUUUAAAACGGGCCGCGUGAACUAUAAGGGUAAUGGCAGAACCAGGUCAUGUGUCGAACAGCAGUCAGAGCAGUGAGCCAGCGCGUGUUUUUCCUGAGCCUGAGCCAGAGUGGGAGCAAGCGAUAGACCUCUGGGGAACUGUAGUUUGGGGCUUUCAUCAGUACGGCAUAGGAUCACUCUUUUUUCUCCUUGCGCUCUCUUCCCUCGGUUCUAUCAUCAGGACCGUGGCAAGUAAACGCGAGUCGAAGCAGAAGAUGGUAUCGUUGGUAUUAUUGGCGCUGGGGACCGUCUAUGGCACUGCGAGGGGAAUCUCACUCUGCAUCGACGCGUAUAGUCACAAGAAAGCACUGCCCGCGUUUGUGGAGAACUUGCUGUGGGGGAUCGCGCAGCCCUGCCUUGUGACAGGCUAUACGCUAUUCUUUAUUGUCGUCAGAAAUGCGUUAACGCUCAAGGGAAGAUUUCAGGCGUGGUUCACUACCAGGAAUAUACUUCUUGUGGGCUCGCUACCUUACCUUGGAAUCGUCAUCAUCUCUGAGUUGCUAGUAACCUUCGCCCCAUCACACGCCAUCGUUAGCUUUGUUUGCCAGCUUAUCUACACCGUAAUAAACUUCGCCUUGUCUCUAUUCUACUUCACCCUUGCGCGACAGCUUAAUUUUAAGUUUGGUACCAAUAAUCGAGCUGCUCAAAGGGCUUCUGGGAGGCGAAUGGUGUUUUUCCGUUGCGCAUGCGUGGCGGUAGCCGCUGGAGGUCUUGCUCUAUCCGCGGCUCAAGUUUACGCCAUGUCGGGGGAAUUCAGCGUGUUUUCCCGCGCACGCUUUGUCGCCGCCUGGCCGUGGUUUGGUUUUAAUACUGCAGUGAGGGUUCUUGAGCUGUAUUUAUCCGUGGUUUUGCUAGUGCUGGCCAGUUAUCAGGGAAAUCGAAGCGCGGUUGAGGAAGCGAGAGAGGGGAACUAGUCGGCUUUAUUUUUAAAAUAUGUGUUAACCAAUAAUAAUGGUGAAGGCAUAAUUUCAAAUUUGAAGUUUGAUUUAAAGGUACAAUUUCUGGAAAUAAAUACCACAUAAUAAAUACCCCAAAUUUUAACCGA